UCUCGCCCAGGGAAUGUCUUGGCCAAGGAGGCCAGGGCAGCGGCUCGCCUAGCCGAGGGCUGGGCGCGAGGCUCGCGUCCGUUUUCCCGGGCCCGAGUUUCGUGCUUGCCGUAAAUUACGAAAAAGAGUGUCAAGUCGGUGGAGGAAUGUGGCACUUCAAGAUGGCCGCCAGUUACUUUAGUAAUUUACGGCUGUAUCUUUCUUUGUUGUCGCUGGCGUAAUUGCGGCCAGGGAUCGCGGAGCGGAGGACCUCGGCUGCUCGGGAAGUGGUGGAGCGGACCUACGACGGGCACCUUCCCGGCGGGCCUGCGACCUCGAGGAAACACCAGGAGGGAAUAUGCGACCGAGGCGGACCGAGGCAUCGCGACGGCCUUAAAAGAGAUUAUUCCGAGAUAUCCCGCCGUAGGCUCGACGCUGUCCUGUUAUCGAGGUGAUAUCGGGCCACGGCCAGGUCCCCGACUUAACCUCGACGCGACCCCCUGGAGGCCGAGCCCGGGUCGCUCCGAGUCGCAUCUAUGUACGGCCGAGGGGAUGCUCGUCGAACCUUUUUGGAGAACCGAGCCUUCCAGCUUUUUUAUUUCCUCCGAGAAGCCAGCGAGCUGCGCGGCUCUGCCAUCCUCUGAAGGAGCCUCCGGGUCGAGACACAGAGCCUGUCGUCCAGGGUUCCGCUAUGGGAUGGUUCCUAGACAUGGUUCUCCCUGAAGACAGUGCCUUUUAAAUCAAGGGUACCUCGGCUACCGUGGUCCGUGACGAUGCUCCUACCUCGAGUCGUAGACCCUGUGUAACCUGAAAGUUGUGCCUUAGAGUUUGGUCCUAGGUCGUGCCCUGGCGAGAGGUACCGGAGAUUUCGUAUCCAUGCACGGCCUAGUUACGAAAGAACAUCUCCGGUCUGACCCUGGAGAUCGUAUAGGAUGCUCGGUAUUGUUUUCGAUUAAAAAGAUCGAGUGUUCGAUCUGGAGUGCCUUGUUAAUAUGGUAUAGUCUUAUGGCCGAGUUCUAUAAGUCAGGAUAGUGCCUUUUUUGUAGAGGUUCGCCGUGGUGUUUUUUGAAUGCGAGCGAACCAUUGACUCGACCAAGCAUACGUAUCAAAGAAGAAAAUGCUAUAACCCGGAAGAUUAACAUGUUAUUCUUGGAUUCUAUGUCAGCGUGCCGAUAGGAUUAUCGACGAUAGCUAGAGUUCAGCCAUGAUGUUGCACGGUCCUCGUCCAUUGGCACAGUAGCAUCCAGUCGUGAAUGUAUUCUGGAUUGAGCUAGGUCCUAAGAGGCCUAGCAUGGGCCACUAUGAAUCCGCCUGCGGUCAGUAAGUCGAGCACUCGUGGCUCCGGAUACCACCAAAAGGCACUAGCUGAAAUCCGCAACUCCUUGCUUCCAUUUGCUAACAUCGGAGGAACCGGAGAGGUAGGUUCCAGUGCUGCGAGUACCAUCUCCACUCUUUCUACGACUAGUGGAGUGAGUUCCGCAUCAGGACUAAGUGGCUUGUCGGGAGCCUCCGGAUCCACAGCGGACAAGCCAGACCAGCGUCAAGCCCUAGCCCAAUUAUUAGCAAUGGGUUACUCCGAGGAAAUAGGGUUGCGUGCUCUGAAGCUAGCAGGAUGGCGUCUGGACGCAGCGAUCGAGUUUCUAAAGCAAGCCCAGGGCGAAUCUCUGAACGGCCUAGGGAAGCUGAACACCAAGCUGAUAAGGAAACCAAGUUUGGAAAGGGAGUUAAGUCUCCAACGAGGGAGUCCAGCCCUGGACAGCGGAGCAGGCAGUUCCAGGUCGGACAGUCCUCGCCUGACCGAGCUCAGUCCGCACCCCCAGCUGAGUAGGCAAUACUCCCCGAGUAGUUUCGUCGAACGCGAGCCUCCUCCGCCACCUCCCCCGAGAUGCAGCUCCACCCCGCCACCGCCACCACCACCUCAUGCCCCCUACGGUCAAUCGAACGUGCCAAGCAACAUGCAACAGAUGCUGAAGAGAAUGUCCCCAGCCCCCGUGGUCCCAACCAGGCCUCCACCAGCGGCACCCGGGAGUUCCGGGUCCACGUCGAACUCCGUGAAUCCUCCUCAAAGAGGCACCAGUCCCGUAGCGACGUCCAGUGGUAGCUCGAACGGUCGCCAACCCAUGAUCGUUCAAAACGGUCCUCAGGUGCAACAACAGCUCAGCCAGCAGAUGCAGGCGCUCAGCAUCUACCAGUCGAGCGGCAACGCGGUGGGUGGGAGCAGCCAGGUGGAGCCGCCCCCACCGUACCCCAUCGUGCCCUCGCCCUCGUCAGGGCCGGUGCAACCGCCCUCGUACAGCGCCUCGAUGCAGAACCGGCAGAGUCCGACCCAGUCCCAGCAGGACUACAGGAAGAGCCCGUCCUCGGGGAUCUACUCGGGCCCCACGUCAGCGGGCUCGCCGAGUCCCAUUACGGUGUCGACUGUCUCCCCCAGCACCCAGGGCUCCAUGGCGCGACCCACCCCCCUGCAGGCCUGGGGCGCGCGCCAGGCGAAGACGCAGCCGCCGAUCAUCAUGCAAUCGGUGAAGAGUACCCAAGUACAAAAGCCAGUCCUGCAGACGGCGAUCGCGCCGACCUCGCCGCAGCCGAUCUCGACGACCAGCAACACGCCCCCACCGCCGCCGUCGUACGCGUCCUCGAUCCAGCAGAAGCAGCAGCAACAGCAGCAGCAACAGCCCCCUCCGGCGUACCCACCGGGGAACUCUCAGGGUGGCGUUGCGCCGUCCAACUCGGGGUCUCUCGGCGUUCCGGUCGGCGUGCCCACGACGGAGCCCCCCAGCUAUGCCACCACCAUGCAGGCCCUGGCUGCUCAACGCGGGAUCCAUCAUCCUCUUCCUCCACCACCCUAUGGCACCCCUACCGAGGAUACCACCGGGAUAUCGACCGUGGAGAGCGGCACCGCUCCUAGGUCCUCGCCCGUUGCGCAUCACCCCCCUCUGCAGAGGAAGUACUCCCCUGCGGAGGGGUGUCCGCACCCCGCGGAACCGAGCCCUAUGCCCUCGUCUGUUCCCACCCCCAGGAACAAUAUCCAUCCGUCUCUUCCGGAUUCCGGCUCCGCCAAGGCGCAGGCGCCCUCGCCCUCACAGUACAAGAUAAAGCACCAGUCGCCCAUCCCCGAGAGGAAGCACAUGAGCAAGGAGAAGGAGGAGGAGCGCAGGGACUGCAAGGUCCGGAACUACUCGCCGCAGGCCUUCAAGUUCUUCAUGGAACAGCACGUGGAGAACGUCCUUAAGUCCCACAAACAGCGAUUAUAUCGUCGGCUUCAGCUAGAGACGGAGAUGGCCAAGAUCGGACUCAGCGCCGAAGCCCAGUGCCAGAUGAGGAAGAUGCUCUCCCAGAAGGAGUCCAACUAUAUCAGGCUCAAACGCGCCAAAAUGGACAAGUCCAUGUUCACCAAGAUCAAGCCCAUCGGCGUAGGUGCCUUCGGGGAAGUCACGCUUGUUAGGAAACUGGAUACGAAUCAGUUCUACGCCAUGAAGACCCUCCGCAAGGCCGACGUGCUGAACAGGAACCAGGUCGCCCACGUCAAGGCCGAGAGGGACAUCCUCGCCGAGGCCGACAACGAGUGGGUCGUCAAGCUCUACUACUCCUUUCAGGACAAGGACAAUUUGUACUUCGUCAUGGACUAUAUACCCGGGGGAGACCUCAUGUCGCUGCUGAUUAAAUUCGGCAUCUUCAAGGAACCUCUUGCCAGGUUUUACAUCGCCGAGCUCACCUGCGCCGUCGAGAGCGUGCACAAGAUGGGAUUCAUUCAUAGAGACAUCAAGCCGGAUAAUAUCCUCAUCGACCGGGAUGGACACAUCAAGCUCACGGAUUUCGGCCUGUGCACGGGAUUUCGCUGGACCCAUAACUCCAAGUAUUAUCAACAAAAUGGACACAAUAAGCAGGAUUCGAUGGACCCAGCCGACGACUGGAACAACGAGUGCCGGUGCAUCCAGCUGAAACCCUUGGAACGAAGACGACAUCGAGAGCAUCAGCGAUGUUUAGCCCACUCUCUCGUAGGGACGCCGAAUUACAUCGCGCCGGAAGUCUUGCAGCGAACAGGAUACACGCAGUUAUGUGACUGGUGGAGCGUCGGGGUAAUCCUGUACGAGAUGCUCGUCGGCUCGCCUCCCUUUCUCGCCAACACUCCGGCCGAAACGCAGUACAAGGUCAUCAACUGGGAGACGACUCUGCACAUCCCGAAGGAGGCGAACCUGUCUCCGGAAGGGAUGGACCUGAUCCUGAAGCUGUGCGUGGGCGCGGAGCGCCGCCUCGGGAAGAACGCCGACGAGGUGAAGAGCCACCCCUUCUUCUCGAGCAUCGACUUCGAGAAGGGUCUCCGUCGGCAGGUGGCCCCCCACAUACCUCGGAUCCAGUACCCGACGGACACGAGCAACUUCGACCCCGUGGACCCGGACAAGCUGCGGAACUCCGAGUCCUCGGACUCAAACAAGUCGGACGAGCUCCUGGACAACGGGAAGCCCUUCCACGGGUUCUUCGAGUUCACGUUCCGGCGCUUCUUCGACGACGGAGGCGGCCCGGCGUAUCCUAGUCGCAUAAGUCUGGACGAUAACGACAACCAGGGCCCGGUCUACGUAUGACAUUAGGUGUCGUCGAGGAGGCGCGAGGAGGCGGCGCCUCGAGGACGCUCGUCUCUCGUCCUCGGGCUCGCUCUUCAGGGUGUACCCACCGCUCGCGCUGCUCUCUCGAGUCGGAAAUCCGCAAUUCUGGGCGCGUGAUCGCUACUUCCGCUCUCGCCUAAACAUAUGAACGCAUCCGGCAGUCUCCGAGGGCUGAUGCCUAAUUUCCAUACACGCGGAAUCGACGCGGAGCGCGGAAUGGCCCUGAGACGGCUUAACCAUUCAGCCUAAUGGCUUAACCCUAACGUGCCUACCGCCCUCCGCGUCGAUUCCUCGUGCUUUCCGCGUAUAUGGAAAUGAGGCAUAACCCGUGCCGAGGUCGAACUGCAAAUUAUACAUAGAGAUGUUAAAAAUGAAUUGUAUAAACGACUCCCGCCCCCGCGGUCGGACGCCGGGAAGUACGUCGCGUUGUACCUUGAAAUGUCCUCGGCGCUCCCUUGAGGUUCUCGUUUCGCGUUCUCCGUGAUUUCGGGGGAGCGGGUCGAACCCGACGAAUUCUAAAUUCACCGUGAAAGGAAACGGGGAGUACACUAACAAUGAGAAUCGACCUAGGGGAAGCCUUUCACGCGUAUCGGCCUUCGCGUCCGGAAAGUACACGUUUAGGUACGUUUCAGCAAGUACUGUGAUAUUGCAGAUAAUUAGCGUAAUGUGGCUUGUAACUGUAUUGGUCCUAUUUAACAGUUUCUUUUAUAUCAAACGACACGUUUAUUAUAUAUAUAUAUUAAUAUUAUUGUAUUAAUAUUAUUAUAUAUUUGUAUAGAACUCUUGAAUGGAUGUAAUGUGUUCAUUGCAUAUUAUGCAGCUUCGUGUCUAAACGUUUAUGUUGCUCGUGGCCACCUUCGGAAAGGGCGGUGCGGCUCGGUGGAUUUCCGAUCGCGAUAGGAAUCGAAACAAAAGGCGGAAGGAGCGAUUUAGCGAGAGAACCUCACAGCGUUUCUAAGAGCUCGAGGAGAGAUCCCUCGGUGGAAUUGUGCCUUUUCCUCGGGUAGUUAGCCGUUAAGUAAGUUAUUCGGUAGGUGGGAGACUCGGGGUCGUCGGAGGUCCGUUUAGAACGUGCCUUAGGCGAGCUAAGCCCGGUGCAACGUACUAGAAACGCCGAAUCCGCACCUCUUGGGGAUGGACAAGCGCGUGCCGAGGGCCGCCAUCUUGGAUCGCCGUGCGAGAACAUUCGUUUACACUUCUUGAGCGCAAUAAUUAUAUUGCGAGCCUCCCUUGACAAGUUAUGGAACGCUACUUACAAGAGCGGGGAGAAAUUUACACGCAGUACGUGCUAUGUAUUGUUUUGCGAUGCCUGACGCGAUUUAAAAGUGAAACUUCAAGAGGCUUCACUCGGCUCGCUUCGGCCUUGAUGGCUGAGACGCUUUGAAGAGUCGAAGAAAAAGAGGAAGAGGGACAUUUAUGCGAUCUCUUCGGGAGGGGGAAAUUUCAUCGGAUAUCUUGGCUGUCAUUAAUCAAGGGGAAAACGCGCAGGCAUCGGUUUGAUAAACGUUUGAGAUGGGAAACUCGAUCGGCCGGUAGGGACGCGCUCGACGUCCCCGUAAAAAGCGCGGAAACGCGCCAGCCUUUUUCGCCUUAUCAUUGUUGCGAUAACAGUGGACGGCCAUACGAUGCAGAUCUGUUUAAUAUACCUGCGCGCCGUUUAUAUAUAAGUGAAUUCGAUCCACCUGUACAUUUUGUAAUAUCUUCGGAGCCCUCUGUAAUUAUACUCAGCGAGUAAGAAGUGUAAGCUAGUUUUCUAAGUCGGUAUAUAUUAUGUGAAACUUGUGUACAUAUUUUGGACGAGUGUUCUAAAUUAAAACUACGUUUAAUGCCGA